AUGCGGUGGUCUCUUUCCCUCUUUCUGUUUGGCUUCUCGGCUGUUGUACAUGCGCUCAGUAGUUCGGGGAACCGCCUGCUGGUUGUGUUGGAGGAUGGAUCGGAGAAGGAUCUGUAUUCUACGUUUUGGAGUGAUCUAGAAGCUCGCGGUUAUGACCUCGUCUUUGAAUCUCCCAAGAGUGACAAGCUUUCCCUCUUCGAUCUGGGUGAGAGGGCUUACGACCACCUUCUUCUCCUGCCUCCUAGGUCCAAAGGAUUUGGACCUUCUUUGAGCCCCAAGAACAUCGUCGACUUUAUGAACAAGGACGGUAACGUCCUCCUCGCGCUCUCGGGCAAGUCCACCACUCCCAGCGCCGUCAGCUCGCUGCUUCUGGAACUCGAUCUUCACCUGGCUACCGACCGUUCGUCUGUCGUUGUCGACCACUUCAACUACGAUACCCUGUCUGCGGCCGAAAAGCACGAUGUCCUUCUCCUCCAGCGCCCCGGCCCAUUGAGACCCGAUACCAAGGCUUUCUUCGACGGGGAGGGUGUCCUGGCUUUGCCAAGGGCCGCUCCUCACACGCUCGGCGACCACGCUCUCAUUGCGCCUAUCCUGCGCGCUCCUGCGACUGCCUACAGCUAUAACCCUAAGGAAGACUUGUCUGCGGGAGAGGAUGUCUGGGCCACCGGCUCUCAGCUGGCUCUCGUCUCCGCCAUGCAGACCCGUGCAUCCUCUCGCUUCACCCUGCUCGGCUCCGUCGAGAGUCUCCAGGACAAGUGGUUCUCCGCGACCGUCAAGGCGCCCGGCAACGGAAAGGAGACCGGCACGGCCAACCAGGAAUUCGCCAAGCAGUUGACUGCCUGGACCUUCAAGGAGACCGGUGUCCUUAAGGUUGGCAAGAUCGAGCACCACCUGGCUAAGGACGACCUUACUGCCGAGGACCUCAACCCCUCGAUCUACCGCAUCAAGAACGAGACCGUUUUCAGCAUUGAGAUCUCCGAGUACAGCCACGACCGGUACAUUCCUUUCGAGGUGCCCGCCAACGAUGCUCUGCAGCUCGAGUUCACCAUGCUCUCUCCCUUCCACCGCCUGAAGUUGGAGCCUACCGCCCGCACCGAGAACAGCACCAUUUACAGCACGCAAUUUACCGUCCCUGACCAGCACGGUAUCUUCUCCUUCCGGGUCAACUACAAGCGCCCGUUCCUCACCAACAUUGAGGAAAAGCACGAGGUGACUGUCCGCCACUUCGCCCACAACGAGUACCCCCGCAGCUGGAAGAUCAGCGGAGGAUGGGUCUGGAUCGCUGGCCUGUGGUCUGUGAUCGGCGGGUUCCUGGCCUUUGUGUUCGUGUGGCUCUACUCGGAGCCCGCCUCGGCCAAGGUCAAGAAGACCCAGUAA